CUCCUCUCAUCAACUCAUCGUGUUCUUCUUUUCCAAUCCCUACACUGCUUGCUAGUUGCUACACACACCCACUGAUGACCCACAACUUUAAAGGUGUAGCUGUGAUAUCUAGUGCUAGUGCAUGGCUAUAUAUAUACGCGUCUAUAAGUAGUAGGUUGCACCCUCCAAGGGGUUCAUCAUUCAUUCCCUCACCCCCUUCCCUUAGAAGCUGCAGGUGCAGUGCAUGCAAGGAGACAGGCCACGAUACUGUCUGAGAUGGAAGGGGCCAUGACGACGAGAAGCAAGCAUCGUCGUCAUGAGGAGGACCAGGAGAUGACGAUGGUGGAGCUGAGGAGAGGCCCCUGGACGCUCGAGGAAGACAACCUCCUCAUGAACUACAUUGCUUGCCACGGCGAGGGCCGCUGGAAUCUCCUGGCCCGCUGCUCCGGGCUGAAGAGGACCGGCAAGAGCUGCCGGCUGAGGUGGCUCAACUACCUCAAGCCGGACAUCAAGCGCGGCAACCUGGCGCCGGAGGAGCAGCUCCUCAUCCUGGAGCUCCACUCCAAGUGGGGGAACCGGUGGUCCAGGAUAGCGCAGCACCUGCCGGGGCGGACCGACAACGAGAUCAAGAACUACUGGCGGACGCGGGUGCAGAAGCAGGCGCGGCAGCUGCGCGUGGACGCCAACAGCGCCGUGUUCCGCGACGCCGUCCGCUGCUACUGGAUGCCGCGCCUGCUCGAGAAGACGAUGGCCGCCGCCGCGGCAUCCACGUCCGGCGAAGUGCUGCUGCCGCCGCUACCGCCGCCGCCGCAACUGCACCCCUCGCGCGUCGCCGGCUUAUUGGCCUCUUCCUCCUCGUCGCCAGUCCAGCGGGACACCAGCGACAGCGACUACCUGCCGCAGCGGUACCACCACCACCCCGUCGACCCGAGCCCGAGCGCGUCGUCGACGGUUUCCUCGUCGGCCGCGCUCGCGCCGGUGCCCUGCUUCUCCGAACUGAGCUGGGUCGACCAGUACGGGUACGGCCCUUAUUACAGUUACGGCGCCAACCUCGACGACGGCGCCGGCGUGUUCGACGACUCGGCAGCGCUGGAGGAAGGCCUCGGCCUGGACGCGCUGGACCUGGGUCCGGCCGACGACAGCGACGUCGCCCACUCGGACGCGACGCUGCUGGACUACCUCAACUCCGCGUGCGCCGGCGGCGGCACCAUGAUGAUGGCUGUGACGGGCGGCGGCGGCGGCGUCCAAAGCAGCGGCUGCGGCGCCACGGGAGGUGCCGACGCCGACUACCGGCCGUCGCCGUGCACGUGGCGGACGGACGAGCUCGGCGAUCCUCGUCAGCAUCAAUGGGGAGGAGGAAUCUAGAAGCAAUCAAAGAGAGCUUGCUUCUCGGCACGUCUCUCUCUCUCUCUCCCUCUCCCUCUCCCUCCCAAAGCGACGAUCGAUCGAUCGAGAUGUCACACUAGUUAAUUAGUGGAUCGGAGCUAGAUAGCAGGUAGCAAGAUGCGUGAGUGGCGAUAAAAAAACAUUAGGGGCCGGGGGCGGGGCCGGGCAUAUUCUGCUGUUAAUUCGACCGAUCAUUCGUUCGAUCGUGUAGUAGAGAUGUGUGGUUUGAUGUCGUAUAAUUCGCGUACGUACAAUCGUACUACAUGCAUGUUCAUUUGGGU